AUGUUGAAGGUAUUCACUGCUGAAGAAGUGUCCAAGCACAACACCCCAGAGAGCUGCUGGGUCGUGCUCUACGGCAAGGUGUACGACGUGACCGAAUUCCUCCCUUCCCACCCUGGCGGCUCCAAGAUCAUUGUGAAGCUGUCCGGCAAAGAUGCGACGGACGAGUACGACCCGAUCCACCCCCCGGGUAUCCUCGAGGAGAACCUGAAGCCCGAAAACUGCCUCGGCACCGUAGACCCCGAGUCUAUGGCCCUGUUACAACCCGCACCGGCGAAGGCACAAGACUCGAAGCCCAAGGAGGGACCGCCGCGCCUGGAGACGCUGCUCAACAUUGACGAGAUUGAGGAGGCUGCUACGAAGCUGAUUCCCAAGAAGGCGUGGGCAUACUAUUUCUCCGCUAGUGAUGAUCUGUGGACGAAGAGCAACAACGGCCAGGUAUACAGGCGAAUCCUGCUUAGGCCGCGUGUUUUCGUCGACUGUACCCAAGUUGAUACCUCUACAUCACUCCUGGGCCACAACGUAGGAAUCCCGUUGUUCGUGUCGCCAGCUGCGAUGGCAAGACUCGCCCAUCCUGAUGGUGAGCGUGGCAUUGCCAAGGCAGCGGCCAGAUUCAAUGCGAUGCAGUGCGUGUCGAACAACGCCUCAAUGACGCCAGAGCAGAUUAUUGAGGGUGCCCAACCGGGCCAGAUCUUUGGCUGGCAACUCUACGUCCAAAAUGACAGGGCCAAGAGUGAAGCCAUGCUGAAGCGCAUCAAUGCCAUGCGGGAUCACUACAAGUACGUCUGUUUGACGUUGGAUGCUCCAUGGCCAGGAAAGCGUGAGCUUGAUGAGAAGCAACAGUUUGAAGGUGCCUUCGAGGUGGAGUCCGAGUCUAACUCCAAGACUGAGGAGGCGAAGCGGCCGGGCGGUGGUGGUGUGGGACAGCAGCUCUUCUUCGGAACGGCAGCCGAUCUGACCUGGAAGACCACCCUGCCUUGGCUGGCGCAACACACCGAUUUGCCAAUUGUGCUCAAGGGAAUCCAAACGCACGAAGAUGCUUAUCUGGCGGCCAAGUACGCGCCACAAGUGAAGGCAAUCAUUCUGUCAAACCAUGGUGGACGUGCCCUUGAUACUGCCCCACCUGCGGUUCACACCCUGCUGGAGAUCCGCAAGUACUGCCCCGAGGUCUUCGACAAGAUCGAAGUCUGGGUCGACGGCGGUAUCAAGCGUGGAACAGACGUCGUCAAGGCCCUAUGCCUGGGUGCAAAGGCUGUAGGAGUUGGCCGCGCUGCGCUCUUCGGUCUCGGUGCGGGAGGUCAGGCCGGUGUUGAGAGGACGUUCGAAAUCCUGAAAGCCGAAAUGGAGACAUGCAUGAGGCUGCUUGGCGUGAAGAACGUCAGCGAACUGGGUCCCAAGUUUAUCAACACUCGCCAGGUGGAGAGAGAUAUCUACGAUGGCGAGUCUGGGCUUGAGAAUAAGGUUAGCCUGUGGGUGAAGUCGAAGUUGUAG